ACCAAAUUAAAUGAUCAAACUUCAAUUGCUACAUCUUUUGUAUCACAGGUAGAUUCAAAUGAUUAUACAUCUCUAGAUCAUAUUAAUACAAAUGAUCAACCACCAAAAGAACCUUCUAUCUCUCCUAUUUCAAUAACAACUAUUGAAUUAAGUUGUGAUAUUGGUGAUUAUUUAGAAAAAGAAACGCAAACUGAACAUAUAAAAGCAAGGUUUUUAGAAUUACCUAAUGUUCCUAACAAUGAUUUUCUAUAUCCUUUUAGUUUACAUACUAAGCAAGGUAAACAAGAAAAAAGAUAUCUCAAAAGAGUUCAUUUUAUUCAGUAUAAAUGGCUUGUAUAUUCUCAAAAAAAAGGUGGCGUUUUUUGUAAAUACUGUGUUUUUUUUGCUCAUAAAGGAGGAAAAGAUAAGAAUGUAACUUUAAAAAGUCUGGUUUCUGUACCUCUAAAUAAAUAUGCUAAAAUAUUAGGUGAAAAUGGUAAUUUUAACAAACACAAUAAAAGCUUUUACCAUAUAAAUGCAACAAAAACUGCCCAUGAUUUUUUAACUCGCUAUAAAAAUCCAGCAAAAGAAAUUAUUAAUGUAGUUAAUAGUACUAGAAUGAAGCAAGUUAUUGAAAAUCGAGCAAGGUUAAAACCUAUUAUUGAAUCUGUUAUUUUUCUUGGACGUCAAAACAUUCCUUUACGUGGACAUCGUGACCAAGGUAGUUUGUUAGGCCAUGAGCAUAAUAAAAAUAAUUUAUCUGUAGUUAACGAAGGAAAUUUCCGUGAACUUCUAAGGUUUCGGAUAUUAUCAGGUGAUACAGUUUUAAAAAAUCAUUUGGAAACAACUACUCCAAAAGCAACAUACAUCUCAAGAAGAAAUUAUACAGUGCUGCAAAGAAGAAAUUUUAUUUCAAAUUAUGGAAGAUAUAAAAGAAAGCAAAUAUUAUUCAAUAAUAUUUGA